AUGGUCCUGGUGAAUGGUUACCUCACCAAACUCCUGCAAAACCACACCGCCUAUGCCUGUGACGGGGACCAUUUGACUCUCCAGUGCCCUCGGCAUUCUACGAUAAGUGUCCAGUCGGCAUUUUACGGGCAAGAUCACCAAGUGUGUAGUGCUCAGCAGCCUGCCUCCCAGAGGGAAGACAGCUCAACCUGUGUGGCACCCACCACAUUGCAGAAGGUGCUGGAUGAAUGCCAGAACCAGCGGGCCUGCCACCUCCUAGUCAAUAGCCGUGUUUUUGGACCUGACCUUUGUCCAGGGAGCAGUAAAUACCUCCUGGUCUCCUUUAAAUGCCAACCUAAUGAAUUAAAAAACAAAACCGUGUGUGAAGACGAAGAGCUGAAGCUGCACUGCCACGAAUCCAAGUUUCUCAACAUCUACUCCGCCACCUACGGCAGGAGGACCCAGGAGAGGGACGUCUGCGCCUCGGAAGCAGAGCGGCUCCCCCCCUUUGACUGUUUGACCUACUCAGCUUUGCAAGUAUUAUCCAGUAGGUGCUAUGGGAGGCAGAGAUGCAAAAUCGUUGUCAACAACCUCCAUUUCGGAAGUCCCUGUCUCCCCGGAGUGAAAAAAUACCUCACCGUCACCUACGCCUGUGUUCCCAAGAACAUACUCACAGCGAUUGAUCCAGCCGUUGCUAAUCUAAAACCUUCUUUGAAGCAGAAAGAUGGUGAAUAUGGUAUAAACUUUGACCCAAACAAACCAAGAGUUCUGAGGAAAGACGGAGUUAUUGUUAGCAACUCUCUGGCAGCAUUUGCUUACAUUAGAGCCCACCCCGAGAGAGCUGCCCUGCUGUUCGUGUCCAGUGUCUGUAUCGGUCUGGCGCUCACAUUGUGCGCCUUGGUCAUCAGAGUGUCCUGCACCAAGGACUUCCAGGAGCUGCAGCUGGCGAGGGAGCACCUGGUGCCAGGAAGUGACAAGGCCGAGGAGGACAGCGAGGAUGAAGAAGGGGAGGAGGACUCCUCUGACUCUGAUUUUCCAGGGGAACUGUCAGGGUUUUGUAGGACUUCAUAUCCUGUCUACAGUUCCACAGAGGCUGCAGAGCUAGCAGAAAGGAUUGAGCGCAGGGAGCAAAUCAUCCAGGAAAUAUGGAUGAACAGUGGUUUGGAUACUUCACUCCCCAGAAACAUGGGCCAGUUCUACUGAAAACGAGAUGCAUCUUGAUGCCAUCCCUUCGGUCCUGUUUCACUUGUACCUUCUAUGAAGGAGAAUUUGUUGUGUCAUUCAAUCCUGGUGAAGCCAGAAAGCUAUCAAAGGGACAUUUCAAACUGUUUACAGCACAUUUCAAAAUAAAUGAGG